AUGGCCGACUCCCCACCCUCAACACCCGACACUCCACGAACUGCGUCGCCGCUACCUUCCGAGAGAGACCUUGCCCGCUCCUUUUCGCCCUCGCUGGACGAUGCGCAUACCGCCGAGAUGCAAGCUCACGCUGAGGGAGUCUGGACGAGUGCCCCAGCGCCGAGUAUGGUGAAUGCGACGGGAUCGGCUGAGCAGGGCGUAGAACCAAAAGGGAAGGAAAAGGCUACAAAGGGGCCGCUGAAGUUGCUGGACCUGCCUAUGGAUAUCUUGAAAGAGAUUAUACACCAGCUUCCACACACGAACGACCUCACAUCGCUCUGCCUCUGCCACUCGGCCCUCCAUCGACUCACCAUUCCAUGCAUAUACUCGCGUUUCGACAUCGUAUGGCCCGACGAGAGCACCCACAACGAGCCUCGCGCCGGCGUGGACGCUCUCACAUAUGGGCUGGCAACACUGGUCAUGGGUGAUGACUGCUUUCCUCACCAGAACCGACUACGACUACAGGGGCAGACGCCACAUUCCAUACUGAGGACCGCCGCAAACCCAUACCCUGUUCCGCAGCGGCGGUUUGGCAACUACUACGGACAGUUUACAAAGAAGUUCUCCCUUGGCAAUGGACCGCAAGCAUGGGUUCAGGAGUACAUGAUCACAAAGGAAGGCGGAAAAAUGUUGGGAACCUUGGUAGCGCUCGCCAUUGCGCGUAUGGUCAACCUCGAGACGUUCGUAUGGGACAUGCCUACGGGUGUGCUUCGCGAUGUCUGGCUCGCCUUGUCAAGCCUCGCGCACCGCAGUGAUGGGGAGGAAUGCCGUCUAGACCGGCUCUGGAUACGCUGGCAUGAUAACACAAUCGACGCGCCAAUCCCUCCGCCCGCACCACCUAUGAUACUUAACAACCAGAAUUUACCUCCGCCUCCGAACACCACGCAUCCAAGCGGGCUUGGCACCGUGCAAGCCCCCGUUGUUGUGGUACCUCCGUACGCACCGAGUAGCAUGUCUGCGCUAGAUCGAGUCGAACAUCCUACCUUUUCUGCCAUACCUGCGCUGAAGAGCUUAAGUGUCUUGGAUAUCGACGAACUGCCAUACCUCGAUGAGAUGAGCAUCCUGAUCGCAAGGUCUCAGAAGAAGCUACGCGAACUAAGGAUUGGCAUAGCUGCUCACGCACAGCAAAGGGACUGGGUGACCGUUUGGGAAGGUGAGGGUCUGCAGCAAGUAGACUACAACGUUGCAACGACGGCAGCAUCCUCAAUAGGAGAGAAGAGGCUAGGAGGUGUUCUGGGCAUUCUCGUUGGUCGCAUACAUAACAUGCGUCACUCAGAAGAGUCUCCGUCCCAGAAGCCCGGCGCUACUGGGGUCACAGAGCGAUCAGUGGAAGCAACGCCAGCCAAGUCAGCCGCAUCCCUGCCCCUGCCAUCCAUAGCCUCGCUCUCGUUACAAGAACGCGACCCGGAACAGGAUGUAGACCAUUUUGGUAACCCGAUGGAGGACAACUCCAUAACGGAGGGUGCCAGUCUGUUCAGCGAUAACCAGCCGAUCAGUGCCGAACAUACUACACAAACUUCCAGCACGGCGAAAUCGGCUAUGAAGACGCAUGCAGCGUCUCCGUUUCGUGGCGAGGCCACCAAAUCAAAAGAUGAGCCCCUACUGACUGGCAAACUGAAGCUAGAAGUCUUGGAACUCGAACGCGUUCCGCUAUCCGUCCCUGUUCUUCGCAGAGCCUUCGAUUGGUCGAUUUUAUCAACAUUGACCCUUCUUCACUGCAGCAACCACGAACAACUGUGGAAAAUAUUACGGAGGACAUAUACCCCUCGUCCCCCUUACCCCGGCUCACCGUCUUCAUCCAAAGCGUACAAGGCGUCUUACACUCUUCGAACAGAGUACCAACUCAACCUCAAGCGGAUUCACACUAACACCGUGUCUCCUUCGCUGAUCACCUUCCUUAAAGAGACACUGGCGCCUAAUAGUCUCGAAGUGCUCUUCCUCCAGGAAGGUCGUUCGUACUCGUCUACGGUGACAGUAGAUGCGAUCUACAAAGGGCCAUUGAAGAGACACCGAGGUAGUCUGAAGAAGUUGAUGAUUGACAGUGGUGAGAAAGGACCAGACGGACAUACGACUACUAGCUCAAGGUGGAGACGAUGGAUGCUGAACCGCGAGAUUCUGACAUACAUAACAAGCGGUCGUAUGAACAGUCUACGAGAGCUCGCAGUGUCUAUCGACUACAAGGAUUGGCACCACUUUCUCCAACGUCUUCCGUAUAUCCCUCACAUUCGCUCUCUUUACAUUCCUUUCAUCGCGGACCACGCACAUGGCAGCAACAUUGAUCCACGCGAGCUCGCCUACCAAAUUCUCGAUAUCGUGCACUUGCGACCGGAGAUCGAGCUCUGCUACAUGGGUCUAUCUACUAAGUGCUUCGAGAUUCUGGAGAACCGGCCAUCGAACUACGACCUACGACAUGAUGGCAUGCACGCUGAUGGCAGCGGCUCUGCCUACGCAACACAUGAUCCUAUGCUAUCUGACGACGAAAGCGAAGCCACAGAAGAUGAAGAUGACGAUGACAUGGACGAAGGCGCUAUGCCACCUGGUGGUGACGAUACAGAGAGCGAAGCGAGCGACGAAGUGGAUGUAGAAAGCGACGACGAAUCAUUUGUGCAAGAUUCGCAGAGAGGUCCUAAGCUACGUGUUCGAGAGAUACUUUUUUACGAAGAACGAGUCGAGGCAUUCAGAAGGCGACAUGGCGUACUGAGGCCUUAA